GCUAAAAACCAGGCAGUCGGUGAUAGAAAAGUGAAGACAGAGGCAGAGCUGGCGCGAGGACUGCAGGCAAUCCACAGAUAAACUUACUGCAGAGAUGAACGGCAAGUUUGAGAUCCUGGCCAUGGUGUCGGGCUUCAUCGGGCUGGUGGGCGCUGCCGCCAUCACUGGCCUCCCCAUGUGGAAGGUGACGGCCUUCAUUGGCUCCAACAUCAUCGUGAUGGAGACGCGCUGGGAGGGGCUGUGGAUGAGCUGCUACCGGCAGGCCAACAUCAACAUGCAGUGCAAGGUGUACGACUCCCUGCUGAUCCUGCCCCCGGAGCUGCAGGCCUCCCGGGGCCUGAUGUGCGUCUCCAUAGCACUGGCCUUCUUCUCCCUCUUGGUCUCGGGCUGCGGCAUCCGCGGCUGCAACUGCAUCAGGGACGACGGCCGGGGAAAGAACAUCACCCUGGCGGUGGGGGGGGGCCUGUUCCUGCUGUCCUGCCUCACCACCCUGAUCCCCGUGUCCUGGACGGCCCACACCAUCAUCCGGGACUUCUACAACCCCCAGCUGGUCGACGCCCAGAAGCGGGAGCUGGGACAGGCGCUCUACAUCGGGUGGGUGACCGCUGCUCUGCUGUUCGUCGCGGGAGUGAUCCUCCUCUGCCGCUGCGCUCGCCGAGCUCAAAAAGAGGAGCCGCUGUACACGCAAGCCAUCGCUACAACUGAGGACAAUGUGGAGCUGGACAGGAAACCAUCAAGCAUUUACAGCAAGAGCCAGUACGUAUGAAGAGCUCCAGUGCUCAGAUAUUUAUACCCUUAAAGCGGACAUGAAUGGAGUGAGCACUGAUCUGUGGGUCUAACAGCCAGUACUGACCUCCAUUGUGUAUGUAGGACUGCUGUAUAAAUAUGCUCAAAAUCCUUUAUACUGCAAUGACUGAUUUAAAUUAAUAACAGAGCUUCUCUUUGGCUUUUAAAAUAUGUAUAAAGAGGGUUUAUGUUGAUUGAUUUUUUUAUUAAGUCUUCAUGAAAGGAAGUCACAGUAAAUAUUAACAUUGUACUUAUUUAUGACAGUUGGUGGACUUUUUAGAUUUUCUUACACUAACGUAACAAUUCCUGCUGAUUAUUCUGUCAUUCUCUGGAAUUAAUACAAAUGAAUACAGAACAAAUACUGUAUCACAAUGUCUCUUUGUCAUUGGUGUAAAUAAA